AUGAAUUGCCUGUCCAUAAAUUUAAAGGGGGUGAGGGAUAGCCGUAAAUCGGAUUGGAUACGUGGCCUCAAAACUAGCUACGGGAUUCAUUUUAUUGCUAUUCAGGAAACUAAAUUACAAGAUGCGGAGAAUUUUAAGUUCAAUCAAUUAUGGGAAAGAGCUGAAUUCAAAUUAGCGGUGGAAAAUUCUCAAGGAAGAUCAUGGGGUCUAGCGUGUAUCUGGUGUCCGUCUGUAUUCAGGUGCGUUGAUAUAAUUAAAAGCAGAUUCUUUAUUGUGGUUUUGGGUUUCCUUGUGCAAACAGGGUGUAGAAUCAAUUUUAUGAAUAUAUAUGCUCCCAGUGAGGCGGUAGGUUGGCGAGCAUUAUGGUCGGAAAUCUUGGAUGUUAAGAAUUCAUUACAAGGGUUAUGGGUCAUGAUGGGGGAUUUUAAUGAGGUUAGGGACGCGAGUGAGCGACUAAAUUCUGAAUUUGUGGAGGCCAAUGCGGAUGUGUUUAAUCAAUUCAUUCUUUCAGCUGGUGUGGUGGAAUAUAAUAUGGGUGGGGGAAACUAUACAUAUAUCUCGGAUAAUGGCAAAAAAUUGAGCAAAUUAGAUCGGUUCCUUGUGUGUUUGGGUUUUAGGGAACAGUGGCCAAAUGCAACGGUGCUUGCAUUGGAUAGAGUUGCGUCGGAUCAUCGGCCUAUCAUCCUGUCCACGGUCCAGACAGAUUUUGGUCAUAUUCCAUUCCGAUUUUUUAACUCUUGGUUCGAGUUCCCCGGUUUUCUGGAUUUUGUUUUACAGAUGGGUGGCUCCUUCUCCUUUUCUGGCCCAGAUGAUCUUGCACUAGCUAUUAAACUGAGGUGGUUAAAGAAUAAGAUUAAAUCUUGGUUGAAAGUUGAGCAAAGUAGUAGGGAAGGUAUCUAUAAUAGCAAAAAAAAGGAGAUUAGCGAGCAUAGAAAAUUUGGCGGAAGAAAGAAUGUUGUUGGAAGAAGAACUGGCUGA